CUGAGCCCUACUUGAAAGUGGCUUCAGACAAGAGACCAAGCUCUUUCCAGCCUGGUGGUGCCACGAGCAUCAUCACGAUCACCACCAGUACCACCAUCAGCAUCAUCUUCAGCAUGCCUCGAGGAUUCUUGGUGAAGAGGACCCGGCGAUGUUCGGCGUCGUAUCGAGUGCGAAAAAGUAGCAAACUUGCCACGUGUAACGAUGACAACCACCACCGCGCGGAGGCUGAAGUGAGCGAGCCCGAGCCCGUGAAGGAGAACCACGUGUGGGGCGUCCCGAGCCCCGACGUCGCGCCCCCGCCGGCGCCCCGCGAGGACUCCUCGGGGGUCACUGAAGUGUGGAACCUGCACGUGGAGUCUGCUCUGGAGGCGGAGGCGGACCGACGCGCGCAGUUGCCGGACUCCGAAGUGGACACUGUGACUCCCGUGGGGGACAUCUCGUGCUUCUUCGCACCUCCGCCUCCAUUAAUAGAAGCCCGGAGCUCCAGACUUUUGGAGCCGCGCGGCGAAGUCGAAAAGGCGUCGGUAUUUCCCGAGACUUGCUCGCCCUCAGCCCCGGAAACCGAGUUGCCGUUUUUGGUGAGUUCAACGGCGACGUCGAUGCGAGUCGCAGCCUCCAACACGCACUUUUCACCUUAUGGUCCCGCUCCGAAAUACGACAGCGACAUGGCGCGCCUGUUCCCGACACUAAUGAACCACCAACACCAGGCAGCAGGGAGAAAACGCUCAUUUCCGGAGUCGAACAGAGCCAACAGAACCAAAGCGAACCGGAAGCUUACCUUCGAGGACGAAGUUACCACCUCUCCGGUUUUAGGUUUGCGCAUCAAGAAGGAGAGCCCCGAAGCAGCGAGGCGACAACACAAGUCGUCCGGAAGUCAGCCUCUGGGGGAGUUCAUCUGUCAGCUUUGUAAGGAGGAGUACGCCGACCCCUUGUCCCUCGCCCAGCACAAGUGCUCCCGUAUCGUGCGCGUGGAGUACCGCUGCCCCGAGUGCGACAAAGUGUUCAGCUGUCCCGCCAACCUCGCCUCCCACCGCCGCUGGCACAAGCCGCGUCCGGCGGUCGUCGACCCGAGCAGAGGCCAGGCGCUGUCGGCGAACAAACUCGACGCGGACGGGAAGGAGAACGAGUUGCUGUGUGUUAAUCAGCACCAGGCAGCGCGGGACAGUUCCGCGGUCCCGGACUCCUCCUCGCCACUCUUCCGGCAGGACAGCCCCCCGCCGGGCCUGCUCAUGUUCAACGGCAACUCUUACGAACCUCUGGCGUUUGUCCAGGCUGAAGAGGAAGCGGAGGUGUACGACUGUUGUUACUGCGGCAAGAAGUUCCGGCGACAAGCUUACUUGAAGAAGCACAUUUCGACGCACGACAUAGGCACCGGGCCUUCACCGCCGACGUCGAGCCGCCCGGUAGUGUUCGCUUGUCACCUGUGCGGCGCGCGCUUCCCGUCGGCUGACAUCCGCGACAAGCACCGCGUGUGGCACGCCGUGAGGGACGAGCUCCUGGGAGGCGCACGAGGCCAUGGCUUCGGGGCGGAAGGAUACGGCGUGGACAGAGGGUGCGAGCAGCAGCAACUGUUAGCGUGCAAACACUGUCCAGCUUCCUUCCUCGGCUCCCCGGGGCUCACAAGGCACUUGAGCAAGUGUCAUCCCGGAGACAACACGCACGUCAUGAUGCACAUGGCCGUCAGGCACGGAGACGCCCGACUUUCUACUUCCACUCACCCGUGAGCGGACGCGACAUGAGGCACACCGACGUGGGAAGAUGUCAAGACUCGGUCAGGCAUCGUGAGUGACAUGGGCUCGAAAAAUACUAGGUACUAUAUUUCGCUGGCGUGAAGGACCUUCUGCUUCAAACCUUUGCCUUUCAGCCUAAGCCGAAAACUAUCCAGUGGUUUGGGGCCCAUUAGACACAG